CGAAAACAGAACACUACUGUAUCACUUCAUUGCGUUAAGAUCUAUUCACUUCACAACUAAGAAAAUAGCCGGCAGGAUAUUACUAGGGCCAAUCUGAUUCAAAGGUUUCAAACGUAUCGAACAUAAAUGCAAAGUCCUUAUCCCUGGUUACCGCGGUCGGCUCCGCCGCCACCACCCAUCAUAUUACGCGCCCUAUUGCAAAUCUCCGUUAGCAUUUCAACGACCCAUCUGGCAUAUAUAAAGAAAAACUCACAUAUCAGCAAGGCUGGGGUCGUUCAUCAAUUGAGACAUGUCCGGCAUGCCGCCGCCACCGCGGAAGUUGUCGGCCAUCUGUCUCAGCUGAGGGUUGUUCAUGAGGUUGCCCAGCAUGUCGGGGUUGCUCAUGAGGUUCUGGGCCAUGCUCGCGAACAUGGGGUUGCUCAUGAUCGAGCUCAGAUCGGGCAUACCGCCGCCACCGCCGCCGCCGCCGCCGCCGCCUCCAAGCAUGCUGGCCAGCGAAGACAGGUCGGGCAUACCGCCGCCGCCGCCGCCGCCGCCGCGAGAGGCACCAGGAGCCUCGUCGACAGCAUCAGCAGGAGGCUCGCUGCCACUGCUGACCUCUGCGAUCUUUCUCUUCGUAGUCUCAAGGCCCCUCUUCAUGGCAUCACUGCCACCGUUACCCUCGGCUUCGAUACCCUUCUCGUAGGCCUCCUUGGCGCCGUUGAAAUCGGCAAUAUCAAACCGGGCGAGUCCCAGCCGGCUCCACGCCUUGGAGUACUUGGGAUCGACCGCAACGGCGAGCUCGGCAUCGUCAAUAGCCUGCUGGUGUUGUCCGGACGCGGAGUAGGCAGCAGCGCGGUUGGAGAGAUAAAUAGGGUUGGCGGGGGCGGCCUCCAGCGCCUUGGAGUAGCGCUCGAUAGCGGCGGGGUAGUCCUUGCGGGCCAUCGCGCUGUUUCCCUCGGACUUCAGCUUAUCGGAUUCGGGCGUCGGGGCGCCAGCCUGGGGCUUGGAGCUCUCUUGGGCCGGGCUGGGCUGAGACUGAGCACCACUGCUGGUGGAUGCCUCGCCGGAGGGCUUUCUCCUGAGCUUCUCAUAAACACUGUAGAUGCCCGUCAACGACUGGCCACCCACGGCAUCCUUGACCGCGGCCUCGUCGGACGGGUCGACCUUGAAGGUAUCGGCGAUGCACGACUGGGCGAUCUCGAUCGACUCCGCAUCGUCAGCAGUCAGGGUGCCGUCUUUCAGGCUGGAGCCCAGAAAGUCGAUGAUCGCAAGCGCCAGGCGCUUGUUGGAUUCUGUCGGGGCCUAAUUGAGAUACUGGUUAGAGAUGAUCAAACCAACCAUCAUACCGUAUACAGAGCAAGGAUCCCUUACCAUUCUCAAAUCGGAUAUCAGGGGUGAUGUGGAUGAGACAGGAGGACAGAUGAUGUCGCGGGGAAUUUGGGGCUGCGGGGACUUUCCAAUCGGUUCCAUAUCCAGAAAUCGUCGUAACUUUCAUGUACCGUAAGUUACGCUACUUACAGCUAGUCCCAAUCGGGUGUUUGCUCGGUUUGUUCGGCUUCUGGAGCUCCCGCGGCACGUGAUCAGCCCCCCCGUCUCUU